GUCUAAAAAUACACCAUUAGUAAAGUUAACAAGUUGCAUCAGUCACUUCGAUGUACAUAACAUUGAGGAGUUGCCGAUUAUUGAAUUGAAAAAGAAAUUUAAACGGAUCCACUUCAGCAUAGAUUCAUCAAUGGCUGUCAACCCAACUUUAGCACUUGGUAUCGCCACCUGUUUCCUAAAAGACGAGAACCGCGAGAACUUCAGCGACUUCACAGUCUGUGUCGGCGACCGGACCUUCCAGUGCCACCGUUACCUCCUGUCCGCCUGCUCUGGAUUCUUCCAGGCCCUGCUGAGGUCGGACAUGAAGGAGAGAACAGAGAACGAGGUCACGCUUAAAGAUGUUUCCCCGGACACGUUUCAACUGGUUCUUGACGUCAUUUACAAGGCGGCUGACGUCCUGACUAAAGAGAACGUCAUUGAUGUCUGGCACGCUGCCUGCAUGUUACAGAUAGAUUUCCUUACCAACUACACGGAAAGUUUUUUAACACCAUGUGUUACUGUAGAUAAUUACUGGGAUUUCUACACUAACGCGAUUUUACUCAACUCAAGCAUCGUUAAAAAAUCUUGCCUUGAUACAAUGGCAACCAGCUUCAUUGAUCUUACCGGAACAGAACAUUUCGUCGAUAUUUACUUUGACGAUCUGUACGAAAUUCUUAAACACAAUAACUUGUGUGUGUGUCCAGAUUUUGUCGUCCCAGCCAUUGCUCGCUGGGUCAAGCAUGACACUACAAACAAGGAAGCGGACCCAGGCACUGAGAAAGAAACUCAGGUGAUUGAAGAGGAAGAAAACAACCGUUACGACUGUUUUGAAAAAUUAUUCAGCGCGGUGAAUAUGAAACAGCUUAGCAAGCAAGAACUUAUUAAUUUGAUGACAGAUCCUAAGCUAGCCGAACACAAAAACGCUGUCAUUCACAUCAACAAUGUGGCAGCUCAAAGACUGGACACGACAUGGCAAUUUGGAGAGCCUACAUAUAUUUACCAAAACGGCCGCAAUACUUUAAAUCCUGUCUUCAAUUCUCAGAAAUUAUGCCAACAUUGCAAUCGCAAGUAUACACCCAACAUGUGAACAUGGUUAUACAGAAACUUAGAGUAUAAACAUUAUCUAUGAAGGGGGUUAGAUUUUUGCGUUUUUAUAUUUUGAAUUUAAAAUAAA